CCUCACUGCUCUGCUCUGCUCAGCUCAGCUCAGCUCAAACUCUAGCUCGAGGAAGAAGAGAGAAAAAAAAUCGCAGCUUGCAACGCUAAUCUCCUUGUACUCUCUUUUCUCUUAUUACUUAUAGCUGCAGAUCCGCCUCUCGCAACCCAGCUCUUGUGAUCCUCAAGAGCCGCUCCUCCUCCUCCACGCGCGACCCAAGAAUCAAUCAGUCGCUGCUCGAGAAUUUCCAGUUCAGAGGGAGGGAGAAAGGAGGGAUCUUCUUUGCUCUCCUCCAUUGUUUUCUUCGUCUUCUUUCUUGCGGAUUCUAGGAGCUGUGCUGUGCUUUUUUUGGUGGUGGUGGUGGUGGUGGUGCGAAUGGCGUCGGGGCGGUGGUGCGAAUGUGGCGCGGCGAUCUGUGGAGAUGUCGCUGCGAUCUGUGGCGGAUUAAUUUGACCGAAAGGUUGGUUGCUUUGUGUGAUUCGAUUCCUUGCCGCGCGAAAUCUUGGUGAGAUUUUUUUUUUCUCUCCUCCUGCGGGGGUUUGGAUCCUUUGCCUCCCUCGCCGGACAUUUCCUCCGCGCGCUCUGGUUCUUGGUUGUUGGCGGAUUGGGUUGAAAUCUUCGGGAUCUUGGGGGCGGCGGCGGGCGGGGGAUGGUGUCGAGAUCGUACUCCAACCUGCUGGAGCUCGCCGCCGGCGGGGGCGGCGGCGAGCCGCUGCCGUCGCUGGGGAGGAGGCGGAUACCGCGGGUGGUGACGGCGCCCGGCAUUGUGCCGGACCUGGACUGUGACGGCGGCGGCGGCGGCGGCGGCGACGACGCGGCGUCGGACCAGUCGUCGUCCCACGCUCCGCGGGAGCGCACCAUCAUCGUCGCCAACCAGCUCCCCAUCCGCGCGUCCCGGCGCGGCGGCGGCGGCGGGUGGGAGUUCUCGUGGGACGAGGACAGCCUCCUGCUGCAGGUCAAGGACAGCCUCCGCGCCCACCCCGACCGCCCCGACAUGGAGUUCGUCUACGUCGGCGGCCUCCGCGACGACGUCCCGGCGGCCGAGCACGACGAGGUGGCGCAGCAGCUCCUGGAGGGCUUCCGCUGCGUGCCCACCUUCCUGCCCGCCGACCUCCGGUCACGGUUCUACCACGGCUUCUGCAAGCAGCAGCUGUGGCCACUGUUCCAUUACAUGCUGCCCCUCUCGCCGGAGCUCGGCGGCCGCUUCGACCGCACGCUGUGGCAGGCCUACGUGUCCGUCAACAAGAUCUUCGCCGACAAGAUCCUGGAGGUGAUCAGCCCCGACGAGGACUACGUCUGGGUGCACGAUUACCAUCUCAUGAUCCUGCCGACGUUCCUCCGCAAGCGGUUCAACCGGGUCAAGCUCGGCUUCUUCCUCCACAGCCCGUUCCCGUCGUCGGAGAUUUACAAGACCCUGCCUGUUCGCGAGGAGCUGCUCCGGUCGCUUCUGAAUGCCGAUUUGAUCGGGUUCCACACCUUCGAUUAUGCUAGGCAUUUCCUGUCCUGCUGUGGAAGGAUGCUCGGGUUGAAGUACGAGUCGCAGAGGGGCUACAUUGCACUGGAGUAUUAUGGUCGGACUGUCACCAUCAAGAUAUUGCCGGUGGGUGUUCAUUUGGAGCAGCUGCGGUCGGUGCUCAAUCUGCCGGAGACGGGGGUCAAGGUGUCUGAGCUUCUCAAGCAGUUCUGCGACCAGAACCGGCUGAUGUUGCUUGGCGUAGAUGAUAUGGACAUCUUUAAAGGAAUUAGCUUGAAGCUUUUGGCAUUUGAGCAGCUCCUGAUGCAACAUCCCGAAUGGCGAGGGAGGGUGGUUCUUGUACAGAUUGCCAAUCCAGCGAGGGGCCGGGGGAAAGAUGUGAAGGAGGUGCAGGAUGAGAGCUAUGCAAUGGUGCAGCGUAUCAAUGAGGCAUUCGGGCGGCCAGGUUACCAGCCAGUUAUAUUGAUCGAUCGGCCACUGCAGUUCUAUGAGAGAAUGGCUUACUAUGUCGUCGCUGAGUGCUGUCUUGUGACUGCAGUGAGAGAUGGCAUGAAUCUUAUCCCAUAUGAGUAUGUAAUUGCUAGGCAAGGCAAUGAAAAACUGGACAGGAUCUUAGGUAUCACUCCAUCUACACGGAAGAAGAGCAUGCUUGUUGUGUCAGAAUUCAUUGGCUGUUCGCCCUCCCUAAGUGGAGCAAUUCGGGUAAAUCCUUGGAACAUCGAUGCUGUGGCUGAUGCAAUGGACUCAGCUUUGGAGAUGCCAGAGGGGGAGAAGGUUCUGAGGCAUGACAAGCACCACAAAUAUGUGAACACACAUGAUGUCGGAUACUGGGCGAACAGCUUCUUGCAAGAUCUGGAGAGGACUUGUCUGGAUCAUAGCAGGAGGCGUUGUUGGGGGAUAGGGUUCGGGCUAAGGUUUAGGGUUGUAGCCCUUGAUCCAAACUUCAAGAAGCUUGCAGUUGAGCACCUUGUCUCAGCCUAUCGGAGGACAACCAUGCGGAUCAUUCUCUUGGACUAUGAUGGGACAUUGAUGCCUCAAACAUCAUUCGGUAAAAGCCCAAGCUCUAAAACAAUAGACAUGCUGAACAGCCUGUGCCGAGAUCAGAACAACAUGGUCUUCCUUGUUAGCACAAAGAAGCGGUCAACUCUAGAUGAAUGGUUUCCAUCAUGUGACAACCUAGGACUAGCUGCUGAACAUGGAUACUUCCUCAGGCUGAGGAGAGAUGCAGAAUGGGAGACAUGUGUCUCCGUGACAGACUGCAGCUGGAAGCAGAUCGCAGAGCCUGUGAUGAAAACAUACACCGAGACAACAGAUGGGUCAACAAUUGAGGACAAGGAGACUGCGAUAGUCUGGAGUUACGAGGAUGCUGACCCUGAUUUUGGAUCUUGCCAAGCCAAGGAGCUCCAUGACCAUCUGGAGAGUGUCCUUGCAAAUGAGCCAGUUACAGUAAAAGCUGGCCUGAACCAUGUUGAGGUGAAGCCACAGGGUGUAAGCAAGGGCCUUGUGGCAAAACGGCUGCUAUCAAUAAUUCAGGAGAAUUGCCUCCUUCCGGACUUCGUCCUGUGCAUCGGUGAUGACCGCUCCGACGAAGACAUGUUCGAGGUGAUCACCACCGCAGUACAGGACAACCGUCUAAGUCCAGAUGCUGAGGUCUUCGCCUGCACCGUCGGUCGCAAACCCAGCAAGGCCAAGUACUACCUGGAUGAUCCAGCUGACAUCGUACGUCUGAUCCAGGGGCUUGCCAAUGUCUCUGAUGAGAUGCACGGCGUCACGCCCCUGCCCCUCGACGCAGCAGACACCGCCCUGAGGUGAAACACACCUGCCCCCAGCUCCCCAAAUAAGGCAUGCCAUCUUGGAAGGGAUCAUCGCACGCUGCUCCCAGGUGUACAUACUCUAGGAAUGCAAUGAAAUGGAAUCGAAACGCAUCGUCCACAACUGGCAUCCUUUCAAAAAAACAUGUCCUUUCUGUGUCAAAAUACGAAACUUUUCGCCGGUGUGUACAUAAACUCCGCUGAAAAAUUAACCCCAUGUUCUUCUGUCAAAAUUCAGUUCAGUUUCCAUUCUACCAUCACCAGAUCAGGCUCCAGAGAUGGCCAGGAUGAAUCUGCAACCACUGGAGUCUUCAUCCACUCCUUUUGCUACCGUGGUGUUUGGUGCCAAUGGUUGUUGGUGCGGGCGGCCUUUGCUGGCUGCUGGUGGAGGUGCCAAUUAUUUCAUCUUCUUUCUUUCUUUCGGCUUCAGCUCGUGCUGCUGUACUGUGUCCAUGUACUGCUGCUGCACAGUGCAACGGGGCUUUGGAUUGGAUUAGGUCUCUUCCAGCUUGUGUAAGUUCUUGCUUACAAUGAUGGAUGGCAAUAGUGGAGGCUGAGAGGGUGGUUGCAAUGCUUGAUUUUUUUUUUUUGUUCUUAUGCCGUAUGGGGUAAAAAGGCUACAAGAUGUUCAUGCUGGUGAUGAGAUAAGGCUAUGCUGUCUAUGUUCAGUAGUAGUGACUGGCUGUAAAGAGAUUAACUUUUCUGGCUGAAUUAAGCAAAACAUUUCUUUGCCUCA